CAAGAGUCAGCCUCGCAUGCGGACGUGGUCGCGAAUUUCACUGGAGAUCGUGAGUGUUGUUCAAGAGCUGCUCAAUUUAUUAAAUCGCCAAAUUAUGUGGUUAUUUAUGACCAAGUGAUUCCAUUGUGUUUCUCACACAUUCUUCGCAUAUUAAAUCGCGCCGCACGCAGUGAAACAAUUCCGGAAACUGCACUAAAUCAUAUUUGUGUUGUUGUUUCGCCGAAAAAAGAAGAUAUGGCGGAAAACACAGCAUAAUGAGAGAUGAUUUCUAUGCAAAUCUCUGUGUGAAAUUAAUUUAGAGUGUCGCAUUGAGGAAAAACGUGAAGAAAAAGACGUUCAUUGAGCCUCAUUGUCUCAGGGAAGAUUGGCUAAAUUGAGCUGCAAAACAUGGACAAGUGGAUUUUUCUUGGGCUUUUUGUGGUCUCUGUGGCGAUAUGUGAAGCUUCCUGGGGAACGCCGGGCAGUGGUCAAUAUCACAUUCAGACAGACGAGGGUCCGGAGCGAUUCUUUCGCUAUCAGACCGACAAUGGCCAGUACCGCAAGGAGAAGCGUCUGCAAGACGGCACAGUAGUUGGAACGGACGCUUGGAUCGAUGGUCAUGGGUUCUUGAGGCAGAAAGACUACAUCGCAGACAAUCAGGGCUACAGGAUCCUGAAGUCUGCGACAGUCUACGUCGGGCGUGAGAGUUCAAUUGAGGACGCCCUCAAGAUCGCCAAAAAGGCACCAGGAGUGGAGGGCAAGAAGACCUUUACGGAGAUAUACUCCACCACUCCAACAACGACCAUUCCUCCUCCGAUCCAAUCAAAUGUGAUCGUAAACGAUUAUCCGAAACCCGAUACGGUUUUCAUCCGUCCGCACGGAGAUCCCAUCGACUAUCUACCUCCAGUCAAGGAGGUUCACCGACCUCACUCGACGCCCACGCACGAUUACCUUCCAGCCACCACCUCGAAACCUGUGUACGGAACACCCUCCACAACUCUAGCUCCUCCCGUGACGGAAACCGACUAUCCGACAACGCCCGUCACCAUUUUCCCUCCUGUGACACGGGUGCAUCCGACCUACGUUCCGCCAGUGACCUACCAUCCCUCCUCAACCCCACGACCGGACUUUUCAUCGAGUCUGGCUCCGAUUGGGGUGUUCUACUCCAGCACACCACGACCUAUCCUGCCUCCUUCGAACGAUCUCGGUCCUCCUGACGGUGGCUUCAGACCAUAUCUCCCACCCAUUGAAGCCUCGUCAGCCAGACCUGACUUCCUCCCGACAACCCUCAAGAGCAUCCUCCCCAUCAGGAAGUACGUCGGGCCUCUGAACUUCCAGUACUACCACCCGAAUCUCAAGCACAAUCAGCUAGACAGCUCGCCUAACUACAUUGGCAACGGAUACGAUCCUCAGUUUCCCAGCUACGACGGUGUCACGCUGAAGACCGACGAGGGCUUCAGGUACUACUUGCCGAGGCAGUAUCACGAGGAGACGAACUCAGGCGGAGACACCCGAACCGGCAGCUACGGCUACAUCGAUCCGUUCGGUAUCCGACGAGUGGUGUACUACAACACCGCUCCUGGUCGAGGGUUCGUGCACCGCAAGAACAACCGAUACGUCGGCUUUAACGCCACGCCGUACGAUCCGCGGCCGAUCACGUAAUGGCCAGCUAAGCGAUAAGAAAUCAUGUGCCUCAAACGCGGUGUGAUAACGAGAUAGGGUUAGUCGAUAGGACACUAGAGACUCCUGCAGCAGUGUAAAAUGACUCACAAGACUAAUAUAGUGUGAAGUGUGCGAGCGUCUGCCAUAGAAUCAUCCGAGCGCCGAUCAUUUUUAUUUUGCCAUGUGUCUCAACGGUGGCCUCGGGACAAUUACCUAUCCACUCUGGAGGCUCACCUUGAUGUCUCACUCUCUCGGCUCCCUGGACAAGUGCUCCCGAAAGCCCCAUGCCACCCAUCGAGAGUCCAUUAGUGGUGGAGCAAUGUUGCGUCUGUGGGCGACUUAUGCAAUACCAUGACGCGCUAUUCUCGCGAUUGUGAGAAAAAUGAAUUUAAUAGUGAAACAUGACACAAUAAACAAUUUGCUGCUGAUCCAUUUGAAAUGUGGAUUUUUCCACAUAUAUUGUCAUGAAAAUGUUCUUGCAAGACGCGCGCGCGUACUUUUCUCAAAUGGAAGGAAUGUUUAUUUCUCGACGCGGCUUUGAAUGGCAAAAUAAUUGCACUCACUUUGCAAUGGUAAAAGAAAUCUUUUUUUGAAUGAUUUCAAAUUUCAAUCCGUUGUUUUUUCAGCUGUGGAAAACAAUUACUCCCAUUGAAUAAUGAAUUUUUUUUCUGCCAGUGGCGUAGUGAGAAAUUCCUCUAAAAAGUCUAUUGAAGAGUAGAAAAGUGAUUUUAGAACAGAAUUUUAUCCCUCUUUACUUGAAUCAUGCCUUUUUCAAGUGUUUCCCUCUCAACUUCACUACGCCACUGCCCUUUAUCUUUACUGGUUAAGGCGAGAAAGACUCACGGCGUGAUUCACACUCUCGAUGGCCACUGGUAUUGGAAGGGCACUUUUGCAAACAAGAAGUGCGGAGAGAAAGAGUGAAAACAUAAUAAAAUGGAAACAGGAAACUCAUGCGUAAUUAGUAAAUCACGUAGAUUAAAUGAAUGGAAACAAGAAUAACUAAUAGUGACUAAUCUUGCUACAUAUAAAUACUAAACUGCCAAGAAUGCGACAAUUUUUCUCUGGCAAUAGAUUUGCAUUCGAAGCAUGCAAUAUGGAAAAUGAUGAUGAUGAGAAUUUGGUUUGGCGAAUGAAUUUCCGUUACAGAGAAAAACUGCACAAGAUCGUAAUUUAUUCAUGCUAUUUUGUAUUAUCUUAAUUAAUCCAGAAUUGUUUGUAUCUUCGCCCAUGGAAGGAAUAAAGUGUCUC